AUUGAAACAGAAGGGAGUCGAAAACUCAAGAAGGUUUAUUGACAGUUAAGAGUUUGUAAAUAUAAAUAAUAAUGUUGUGGAUUUUACAUGGAUCGAAGGAAACAAUACAGGGGGUAUGUCUACUGUGUCUGUGUGUGGGGAUCAUGAGUCUGAUCUUCCACCAUAAAGAGGUGCCAAAGUUCUGUGCAAAGGCAAAGAAAUGCACUCCAUGUGUGCAUCAAAGCUGUGCAGACAAAGACAAAUUCUACAGGGACAUGUUUAGAAUAAUGUGUUGUGGGUCAGAAGCUGCUAAUAAAACACAAGAGUGUAGACAACUCUGUGAAAACUCCAGUCGAAUAAAUGCAGUAAGGUACAACUCUAAAACAAACAAAAGUGAAGAUUUGUGCCCUGCCAAUGAAAUCCUAAAAGAAUGUGAAAAAGGCUAUUGCAGCAAUUGUACGGAGACAAUGUGUAGCCAUUUUGUCCACAGUCAGAUCUUCUUACAACAGUGUCUUCCAUAUCUCAAGUACCAACUUUUUUCAGAGGAAUGCAAGAAUCUGGCUAAUCAAACAGGCACAACAAAUACCACAGUGUCGACUGGAGAUGAUGUAAAGUCUGAAACUACAACACCUGCAAACCCAGCAACAACCCAGUAUUUCACCACCAUUGUUUUGAUUAUACUGGUACUGAUUGUGAUUGCUGUUGCCGCUGGAGUUUGCUGUUGUAGGAGAACUUGUUGCACAAAGAGUGAAAACCAUUCCACUGUAGUUUAUAAAGUUGAUGACCCCAAAAAGGUCGAACUGAUCAAGUACUGAUCCUCUCCAAAAUGCGCCUGAAGAUACAAAGUCAACUGAUAAUAAAGAAGAUGACCUCAGCGAGAUUGUCAUCGAGAAUCUUAAUGGAGAUGAAGACAUCAUCAGCAUGUCAGAUAAACCGGCUGAACCAAAUCUUCAAUGUCUAUAGGGAUACAUGUUUGCAAUUGUCAAUGGGGAUGUGUAUACGGAUAAAUUUUAGUUAUGAAAAAAAAGAAGAUUUGUUAAUGAUAUCAACUCUUAUUCAACUUUGCUUAAAAUUACCAUCAACUCAUGUUUACAAUUACCAUUAAGCUUUUAUCUCAUUUUCUCAUUUAAGUUAUGAAGUUUCUAUUUUACAAUUGAUACCGGUAUAUAAUGUCACCAUUUGAUAACUGUUUGCCAGUAUGUGGUUUGAUAAUCAAAUCAAAAGCAAUACUAUGCUCAUGAAUAGUGUUGUUUGGUUUCCAUGUUGAAUGUAUUGUCUUUAUUGAUUGAUUAUGUUGUUUGUUUCAUAAAAAUGGAACAUUGUUAAAGGGGCUGUACUCCGUAUGCAGGCCUUCCAGCGUUCCUACUUUUUCCUUCUUUUUCCUACUUUUCCUACUUUUUUUUAACAGCUUCCUACUUUUUCCUACUUUUUCUAAAAACUACUAUUCCUACUUUUUUGAAAAUAAAGUCCGCAUAAAAAAUUAAAGUUUGAUCAUUGUGCUAGUUUUAUUUGCAGAAAAUGAACAAAACAUGUCAAACUGGCUGGUUUCUUUUGUUGAUAGGUGUGGCAACAUGUUCCACUUUGACAUGCAUCAUCUUUCAUAAUAAAGGCUUAGGGAUGAUGACCACACAGUUCAGUAACAGAAACCGAACAAGCAUCAUUCACUAAAAUAUUCAAUGUGGUAUAUAAAAUGGUAUGAUUUUGCAUUGAAAACAUCUCCUCUCGGUAAGUUAAUAGCUAUUAAUAUUCCUUCUUUUCCUGCUUUUUUGUAAAAAAAAUAUUCCUACUUUUCUGUCCAAAAACCUCCUACUUUGUUCCUACUUUUUUUAUAAAUGGCUGCUGGAAGGCCUGCGUAUGAUGAAAAAGCAAUUUUUUUUUAAAAAUGUGGAAAACUGACAUAAACUUGAUGUAGGUGUGUACAAUGCAUUGCAACUUACUAACUAAAGUACCACGAAGUGCUCAAGGUGAGCUAUUGUGAUCGCCCUGUGUCCGUCGUCAACAAUUUGACUGUUAACACUCGAGAGGUCACAAUUUGGGCACUAUCCUAAUGAAACUUGGUCAGAAUGUUACCCUCAAUAAAAUCUUGGAUGAGUUUGAUAUUGGGUCAUCUGGGGUUAAAAACUAGGUCACCAGAUCAAAUUAAAGGAAAAGCUUGUUAACACUAUAGAGGUCACAUUUAUGACUGUAUCUUCAGGAAACUUGGUCAGAAUGUUAAUAUUAAUAAUCUCUCGGUCAAGUUCGAUUCUGGGUUAUGUGUGGUCAAAAACUAGGUCACCAGGUCAAAUUGAAGGAAAGUCUUGUUAACACUCUAGAGGUCUCAUUUAUGACUGGAUCUUCAUGAAAGUUGGUCAGAAUGUUUAUAUUAAUAAUCUUAAAGUCAAGGCUUAAUAAGCUUCAUAAUGCUUCAUUAUUAUUUAACUUAAUUUAUUGAUUUUAUGUUACUUUUGGUAGUCUCACAUCUCCAAUCGUAACAACUCGGCCAUCUCCGGCAAGCUUCGAGAUAGACCUCGUAAAUAGUAGUAAGGAUAUACGAAAGUGCGAUGCGGCUACCGGCGAUUAACACCGUUUUCAAUCCGCGUAAAGAAGGCCCAUUGUAACAACAAGGAAAUGGAUUGUGUUAAAUUAAAUAUGCUUGUUUAAGAGAAAACAUUUAUUGUAACCUCAAACAAUGUUCGUUUUAUGAAUAUUUAGAUGUUUCCUUAUACAUGAAGCACUCUAGAAAAAGCAUGAGCACACAGAAAAUGUACUUGACAGUAAUUGAAAUGAUCAUACGGUUCAUGGCAUGCAUGAAUCAUUACACCGGAUUAAAUGCAUGCAUGGACUAAAUGUCAGCAUUUUCUCAACAGCAAUACGAUUACCCUAUGAAAUGUAAGUUUUAAGUCA